AUGUUUGAAGUCGUCCCAGUUUAUGUAGCCGUUAAUUAAUGUCGGAAGUUCAGUUUUAACGAAAGGAUUGUUUGACAGUUCAAGUAAAACAGGGCUAUGAUCAGAUGAAAGUUCAAAGAUAGAAAAAGCGUUAGAAUAUGCAUGUGGUAAAGUGCGUGUAACAAAAAAAAUCAAGAAGAUUGGGGAGACUUUGAUAUUGAAGUUGGCCAAUAGGUAGGUUGAGAUGGAGAAUUUACAUAAUAUUUUAAAUCUUCAAUGCAGUUUUCUAGCCUUUUUCCACGAGUGCUAGACGCUCUAGAGCCCCACCUUGUAUUUUAAAUACCUGAAACUCGAUAUUUAGCAAGUGAUGUAAACAAAGCUAUAUUUCAUGGUCCUAAUUAAAAUAGCUAUAGAGAAUUCUAAUCAAGAUGAAAGACAUUAAAAUUUUAAUUAUCUAUAAAUAUAAACGUUAGCAAUUUUAUCAUAACAAUGAAUCGUUUAAUCCAUUACCCCUUCCACUCAACUUAUUAGUAUAAAUACAGGACCACCGGAGCUCCCAGUCAGUACCAGUCCUCGACCAGUUUCAGCACCAUGAAGCAAGUAUUAUUUCUCUGUCUGGUAGGAGUGAGCUUCGUUGCGGGGAAGACUACACCUUCAGUCUUCCAUCCUGAUGACGUGAUCAGUCCAUUGCAGUCUCUCCAACCUGGCCAAGUUGGAAAUUCUCAAACCCUGACAGAUGUCAACUACAACUGCGAGACCGUCGACUGCAACAACUGCUACUAUGAUCUAGACGACUGCACCGGCUGCUGCGGCAGCUACGACGUCGACUGCGAUACUAUGACCUGCAACGAAUGCGACAUCAUGUACUGUGGCGAAUGCUGCUGCGGAUACGAUCAUUGCGAUUUAGAAAAAUACAAAAACCGUGUAAACCGUGUAAGGACAAUAGGGAAGCAAGGAAGGUUCGACUUGUGGGCGAGCCUGGAGGAAGCGAUUCCAGAGCUAAUUCCAGCUCCUAAUUGGGGUCUUAUCGCCGGAUCUACUCCAGGAUCGGUUCUCCCAUCUCCUACCACCGAAAAGUGGAACCGAUUUCUGAUUGUUGGAGGUUCCAUCUUCCUAGGCUUAGGUAAAAAUUAA